AUGACUUUCACGUUGACCACGUCGCACGCCGCUCGUAAAUUCGCCGAGCGUUUGAUGCAGGAGGUCCCCAAUCGCGACAGUAGCAGCGCGUCGUGCGCCGAUAAGGGUGCCCACGAUCACGGCAAAGAAUGCGCUGGGUCAGCUAUGCACGCCUGUGGACAUGACCUGUCCAAGGAACGCGAACUUUUCGAGCGCAGCCUGCCGGACAAAUACCGCGCAUGUACAAUGUUUCGCGAGGAGGCGAAGGCUGCAUUCACGUCGCAGCAAUACAAGCUCGCCGAGAAGUUCUACGAGAAGAUUCUGAUCCAGCUGGACUACACAUUUGCCGAUGAUGCGGAUUGGAAGGCGAAAUUUCGGGAGAUGGAGCUGUCUACACACGUCAAUCUCGCGCUGACCAAGUUCCGCCUCCAGGAAUUCCGGAAAGCGAUAUACCACUGCAAGAUGGCUCUAUUCGUGGACCCAACGAACGUUAAGGCGCUCGUGCGCCGCGGAUUGUGCUACAUGUCGCUGUGUUCCUACGAUGAGGCUGAGAAGGACUUCCUGAAAGCGCUUGAGAUAGACAGUGAGUGCGCCACUGCGCGUUCGCAGCUUUCUUUAAUAGGCAAGCGGCGAGCCGCCGGCCAAAAAAGUGAGCGUCUCGUUUGCUCCGCCAUGUUUUCCGCAAACAAAGCGUCCAGUUCCAAUGCCAGUGGCGGGGAAGGCUCUUAA